CAGCUGUGAAAGGUUUUGCUUUCGUGGGUAAUCCGGCGUUCCCCUCCAGCAUAUAUAUAGCACCCCUUGCAACCACUCAGGACAUCAGUCUGCAAGCAGCCACAGCAGCAAGCACAACAAUAACAACAACAUGAAGGUCCUGGCUAUCGUAGUGCUGGCUCUGGCCGCCGUGGCCUUUGCUGAGGAGGAGAAGAAGCAGGAGAAGCGAGGCCUGCUGGGUCUGGGAUACGGAGGCUACGGAGGAUAUGGAGGAUACGGAGGCUACGGAGGCUACGGACACGGCCUGGCCCUGGCUGCCGCCCCCGCAGCCAUCGCAGCCCCCGCCAUCGCGCACGCCCCCGCAGUCGCCGUCGCCGCCGCCCCCGCCAUCGCUCACGCCCCCGCAGUGGCCGUUGCCCCAGCCAUUGCCCAUGCUCCCGCUGCCGUCUCCACCGUCUCACAGGUGAGCUACGGCACCACUCACUACGCCCCGGCAGUGGCUAAGGUGGCCGCCCCCGUGGCAGUCACCGCCCCCGCCAUCGCUGCCGCCCCCGCCAUCGGCCUGGGCUACGGUUACGGACACGGCCUGGGCUACGGACACGGUCUCGGUCUGGGAUACGCCGCCGCCGCCCCCGCCGUCAGCCUGGGAUACGGAGGAUACGGACACGGUCUGAGCCUCGGCUACGGACACCAUUAGGGCCUCAGUGGACCGCGGACGAUUACACGAUGCUGGAACCACCAACUCCGACCACCAUCACCCAUCAUCGCAGCACUCAACAUGGACACACACUCAUUACCCUGCAGCUUCGCUAUGCAUCACCGCAAGGCCAAUAAAGUAUUAUUUUCAUUACACGUUA